GCAGGUUAUGGCUUUGCUCCAAAGGGGAAAUCAAAACAGAACUACUGAGCCAACUCGUUGCAAUGAAACAUCUUCUCGCUCACAUGCCAUCCUUCAAGUCAUAGUGGAGUAUAAGACUAGAGAUGCUUCCAUGAAUAUUAUCAGCCGGGUAGGGAAGCUAUCCCUCAUUGAUCUUGCGGGUUCUGAAAGAGCGCUAGCAACUGAUCAAAGGACGCUUAGAUCACUGGAAGGAGCAAACAUAAACAAAUCACUUCUUGCAUUAAGUAGUUGCAUUAAUGCGCUUGUGGAAGGCAAGAAACAUAUUCCUUACCGAAACUCAAAGCUCACACAACUACUCAAAGACUCACUAGGCGGCUCGUGUAACACGGUGAUGAUUGCUAAUAUAAGCCCAAGCAGUCAAUCUUUUGGUGAAACACAGAAUACUCUCCAUUGGGCUGAUCGAGCCAAGGAAAUUCGUCUAAAGGAAUGUGAAGUAAAUGAAGAAAUGGUUCAAGUGGGUGAAGAAGAAGGGCCUGAUCAGGCCAAGCUAUUGUUAGAGCUUCAAAAAGAGAACCGUGAAUUACGUGUCCAGCUUGCGAAGCAGCAGCAAAAGCUUUUGACUCUUCAAGCAGAGAACUUGGCCGCUGCUAAUAACAACAACAACGUUUCUCUGACACCUCCAUCAAUCUCAUCUCUAAUGACUCCACCAUCUGCGCGAACAGCUCAGCAGAAGAAGAAACCAAGGCACUCGUUGUUAUCAGGGACAUGUUUCACACCAGAAUCAUCCAAAAGGACAAAAGCAGAAGAAGCUGUCAAGGAACUUCAGCUAACUGUUAAGGCAUUGAAGAUGGAGAUGGAGAGAAUGAAGAGGGAACAUGGGUUGCAGAUGAAGAAGCAAAAAGACGAAUUAAUGAAAGAUAUUUGUAGUAGAAAGAGCGAGAAAACUCCAGAAAGAGGCAAAGAAACAAGAAGGAUUGUCACAAGAGGGAGCUUGAGACCAAAGGAGAAGGAGAAGGAGCUAAAAAGCCCAAGCCAUCGGUUUGCAUCUCCAGUUGCAGCAGCUAAAAAGAGAAGCUUUUGGGACAUAACCGUAGCUAAUACAAGUCCUGCGUUGGAUAGAAGGAAAACAAGAAGCCAUGGUCCUGUUCAUCAAGAAGCUCCUUCAAAACUGCUUCAGCCGGGGUUUGCUCGUCCACACAUGAAGCAUUAACAAGUUUGAAGACUUAUUCGGGACGUUGUUUCUUUUAUUACAUUUCUUUAGUCUGUUUUCUCCAUUGUUUCCAUUGUUUGCUAACAUCUAUAUUCUGUAGGAAUGACAAUAGCACAAUUAAUCUUUCUUUUUACUAUUUAUUUUAUCACAUUUAAGUUAUGUUGUAUACUUUAUAAAUUUUUUUCUUAUGCUUAUGUUUGGUGUUCUUCUGUAUUUUGUUUUCUUAUACACUAAAAAA